AUGGAGAGUGACAUACAGAAUUUUUUCCGCGGCCAGACGAUUUUCAUCACCGGAGGGACGGGAUUUAUCGGGAAAGUUCUAAUCGAGAAGUUGCUGCGAGUAUGUUACGACUUGAAAACCAUCUACAUUAUUGUGCGCCCAAAAAAGGGAGUUUCACCCGAGGAGAGAUUUAGAAAGCUUUUCGACUUUGUUUGUUUUGAGAAAAUGAAAAAGAUGCGGCCAAACUUUUUCGAAAAAAUCCAAAUGAUUGAAGGAGACUGCUCUCAACCGAACUUGGGUUUAUCACAACAAGUUCGCAAUAUUUUGAUUAACGAAGUUACUGUUGUUGUAAGUGCGGCCGCCGACGUGCGAUUUGACCAAAAGCUUCGAAAUGCAGUUAACAGUAAUAUCAGAAGUGUGGGUGAGACUUUAAACUUGGCUAAGGAAAUAACCAACUUGAAGGCACUUAUUUACGUUUCAACGGCGUACUGGAAUCCGUCUCCGGACUGUCUUCACGAAAAGUUUUACGAACCUGUGAUACGAGCCGAAAAUUUGUUUCGUCUCGUUGACAGUCUCAACGACGAAACUCUCGAAGUUCUUACACCAGAAUUAUUGAAGGAUAAGUGGCCAAAUGUUUACACCUUUAGUAAAAGUGUUGCUGAAGACCUUAUCAAAAGACAAGCAAAGGGCCUACCGUUGGCUAUAAUACGACCUGGGAUUAUUAUCUCUUCACUUGAGGAGCCUCUCCCUGGCUGGAUUGACAACCUCUAUGGGAUAGUAGGUCUAGGGGCGGGGAUAAUUCUAGGUGGAAUUAGGAGCAUAUAUUUGAAAAAGUUGAACCCAAUUCAUACCGUGCCGUGCGAUUACGUUGUGAACUGCUUACUGGCAGUGACCUGGCAUUUGUCUAAUAACCAAAAAUGCCUAACAAAUGACCCAGUCCCAAUUUACAAUUUUGUACCAGAACGGCCUAUAACAGCCGGAGAUUAUGCCGACGUUGCAGAGAGAAUGAAAUGGAAGUCACCUUCGGGAAAAAUGUUUUGGUUCCCGAGCUGCUCGUACACAGAAAAUUAUUAUUACCACAAGAUACGUAUUUUUAUUUUUCACAUACUUUUGCCGUACAUCGUGGAUAUCGUUUUGACGUUCUUGGGGAGAAAACCGAUAGCCACUCGAGAGUACAGAAAAAUCAACAAAUUAAUGGACGUUACGUCGUAUUUCUGUUGCACACGAUUUCAGUUUGACAGCCGGAAUGUUAAAAACUUGUGGCGAAGCUUGAAUACUCUUGAUAGAGACUUGUUCACAUUCGAUUUAAGCAACAUUGAGUGGAACCCCUAUCUAGAAAACGCAAUAAGAUACGGAAAUGUGUUCAUGUUUAAAGAGACUCUAGACGAUAUGCCCAGAAAAAAGAGGAAACUUUACUUCUUGGCUUUUCUUCAUUAUACGUUCACUGCUUUUGUUUGUUAUUUUAUUUUCAAAAUGUUUUACAGUGUCUUUUCAAUGUUUUUAUAAAACAAAUCAAUCUUUUUUACCAGAAAUUGUAAUACAAAAAAAUUUAAUAAAUUAAUUUCUUUGCCGA